UGCAGUAGCGUGUCAGUUCAAAACAUGGAGACGAGCAAGGAGAAGCGGUCGACUAUAUACAUAGAACAGGUCAAUUGAUUCAGAGGAAAGAAAAACGAACUUCUCCUUUCUAGUUGUUAAUCCAAUACAGGAAUAUUUUUAGUAACAUUAAGAAACUAGAUAAUAAUUUCUCAGUUCCUUGUUAGCGUUGGCUAAUAUGUAUGCCUGUUAGUGUGACCAUGUUCUCUUUAAAGACAAAACAUAUACACAGUCUGCUUCAAUAUCAACACUCAUGGAGAUGCCUUGCUUUAGGGAACUCCGGCACACGACUAGUUUUGGGCAUUGAGAGCAGCUGUGAUGACACUGGGGCUGCUGUUCUGGAUGAGACUGGUGCUGUGCUGGGGGAAGCUCUACACACACAAAAAGAGGUGCAUCUGAGGACGGGAGGUAUCAUUCCUACCGUGGCACAAAAGCUUCAUCGGGAACACAUCGAACAUGUGGUGAAGGAGGCUUUGCAGAAGAGCGGUGUGGACCCAAGCCAACUGUCGGCUGUAGCCACCACAGUGAAGCCAGGCCUAGCGCUGAGCUUGGGCGUUGGUCUUGAGUUCAGCCAGAGGUUCGUUAGACAGAACAACAAGCCUUUCAUCCCCAUCCACCACAUGGAAGCCCAUGCCCUGACUGUCCGGAUGUUACAGCCAGUUUCUUUCCCCUUCCUGGUCUUGCUCAUCUCUGGUGGUCACUCCCUUCUUGCUGUAGCUCGCGGGGUGGACGACUUCCUUCUUCUUGGCCAUAGUCUGGAUGAAGCUCCUGGUGAUACACUAGAUAAAGUGGCAAGGCGUCUGUCACUCAUCAAACACCCAAAGUGCUCUACACUGAGUGGAGGACAAGCGAUAGAGCUUCUGGCGAAGGACGGUGACCGGUUGAGGUUUCCUUUCACGACACCUAUGGGACAAAAUUACGACUGCUGCUUUUCUUUUGCUGGCCUUCGAAGUCAAAUUCACAUGACGAUAGUAAAAAAAGAAGCCGAGGAAGGCAUUGAAUGUGGAACUCUGCUGUCAUGUGUGAGUGAUAUUGCGGCGGCGACACAGCACACAAUUGCCUGUCAUCUGGCAAGGCGUACACAUCGAGCCAUCUUGUUUUGCAAGGCUAAUGGACUGCUACCCUCACUCUGUCCAACAUUGGUAGUGUCAGGAGGAGUUGCUAGCAAUCAGUACAUACGCAAGGCACUGAGCAUCAUCACCGAGGCAACUGGCGUGUUUCUGCUCUGCCCUCCCGCCAAAUACUGCACCGACAAUGGAGUGAUGAUUGCAUGGAACGGUGUUGAGCGACUCCGGGAAGGGAGGGGCAUACUGCUUCCACAUGCAGACAUAGGCUAUGAGCCAAAAGCACAACUGGGUGUUGACCUAACAGCAGAAGUGAAGGCAGCAGCUAUUAGGUUACCGUCAGUCAAGAUAAAAAUCUGAUUAUCACGGCACAAAUAGAAUCAGUCGUAUACAUCCAAUAUUGAUAUCAGCAAAAAACAAGCAUCUGAUUGUGUAUCCAUCCAUCCAUUUUCUACCGCUUAUUCCCUUUUGGGGUCACGGUGGGCGCUGGUGCCAAUCUCAGCUACAAUCGGGCAGAAAGCAGCGUACACCCUGGACAAGUCGCCACCUCAUCACAGGGCCAACAAAGAUAGACAAUAUUCACACUCACAUUCACACUCUAGGGCCAAUUUAGUGUUGCUAGUCAUCCUAUCCCCAGGUGCAUGUCUUUGGAGGUGGGAGGAAGCCGGCGUACCCGGAGGGAACCCACCAGUCACGGGGAGGACAUGCAAACUCCACACAGAAAGAUUCUGAGCCCGGGAUUGAACCCAGGACUACUCAGGACCUUCGUAUUGUGAGGCAGACGCACUAACCCCUAUUCCACCGUGCUGCCCCUGCUGAUUGUGUAUGAAUGUUCUUAUUCAUCUAGGUCAUUGUAAUCUCAGGGCAUUCAAUCGAUGGUAACUGGACUGUUUGGUUGUAUAAAAAUGAGACCCAUUACCCAUACUUGCCAACCUGGAGACCUCCGAUUUCGGGAGGUGGGA